UUUGAGGAAUAGUUAAAGACUUCUUUUCUGUUGGACCAAUCACUACUCCAAGAAAACCCUAGCUGUACCACCACCGCCACCUGCAGCACAACCACAACCACAACCUCCGCGAUCACCACCACAUGGCAACAGACGGCUGGAAAACCGGUUACAAAUCUCCAUUGUUUUACACAACAAUUUUUCUCAUUCUCUUCUUCGUUUGCCUCAAUACCCAGUUCAAUUUCUUUACGUUUUCUUUUUUAAAACCCUAUUUAAUCCCCCCUGCUCCGGCGUCACCACCGCUGCCGUCCUCUACCAUUAUGAUUAAGAAAGAGGAUAUGGUGGAGGAACGGUUGUCUAGAGCUCGUGCCGCCAUACGAGCAGCCGGUCGAAUGAGGAGAUAUACGAUGUCGUGGCGUCUUCGUGACCGGAGUUUUACUCCGAGAGGAUCAGUUUACAGAAAUCCUUAUGCUUUUCAUCAGAGUCACAUAGAGAUGGAGAAGAGUUUCAAAAUAUGGACAUACAAGGAAGGAGAACUACCUAUUUUUCAUGGAGGACCCAUGAAGAAUAUCUACUCCAGUGAAGGACAAAUCAUUGACGAAAUCGAGAGUAAAAAAAGCCGUUUUUUCACACAAAACCCUGAUGAAGCACUCGUGUUCUUUCUCCCCGUCAGCGUGGUUUUCAUUCGACACUAUCUUUAUAGAACUCAUGCUGAUUAUGAUCGCCAUAUCAUCCAAGAUGUUGUCACUGAUUACAUUGGAGUUUUAUCCAACAAGUACCCUUAUUGGAAUAGAAGUAGUGGAGCUGAUCACUUCUUUGUUAGCUGCCAUGAUUGGGCACCUGAUGUUUCAGCAACAAAUCCUAAGCUUUACAAACACUUCAUUCGAGUGCUAUGCAAUGCCAACAGUUCUGAAGGUUUUCGGCCCGAAAGAGACGUCUCAUUGCCAGAACUCAACAUCCCUUAUGACCAGCUCGGCCCACCCCUCACUGGACAACCACCCGAAAACCGCUCAAUCCUAGCCUUUUUCGCGGGUGGCAACCACGGACAUGUUAGAAAAUAUUUAUUUGAAACCUGGCUAGGCAAAGAUAAUGACCUUAAAGUAUUUACUUACCUCCCAAAAACCCUAAACUAUACAGAAUUAUUGGGUAGAUCAAAGUAUUGCUUGUGUCCUAGUGGAUAUGAAGUAGCAAGCCCAAGAAUAGUUGAAUCGAUUUCAGCGGGUUGUGUUCCGGUUAUUGUUUCCGACCAUUAUGUAUUACCAUUUAGUGAUGUUCUUGACUGGAGCAAGUUUUCGGUUCAUGUUCCUGUGGAGAAGAUACCGGAUAUUAAGAAAAUCUUGGAAGGUAUUGGGAAGGAUGAUUAUUUGAAAAUGCAGAAAAUGGUGAUGAAGGUGCAAAGACAUUUUAUAGUUCAUAGACCAUCAAGACCGUAUGAUUUGAUAGAUAUGGUGCUUCAUUCAGUUUGGUUAAGAAGGCUCAAUGUAAAAUUGUCAGGAUUUUAAUAAUUUGUUUGAUAAAGUUAUUGUA